CAGCCAGACAUAACUGUUAUUCAGAAACAGCCGCAACGACAAUUUGGAGGUUUUUACAGAAGGGAAACUUUUAAAGAUAUUUUAAUCUGAGUUUGAAAGCGUCUCCUGCAGUCAUGGCACCAAUUUUACUUAACUGUAUGGGGAAUGACCACAAAGAGUAUAUCAAAGAACAAGUCCAAGUGAAAAAUCCCUACUUGGACAUGAUGGAGGAGGAUAUUCUCUACCACUUCAGCUUGGGCACCAAGACUCACAACCUUCCAGAAAUGUUUGGAGAUAUCAAGUUUGUGUGUGUUGGUGGAAGUGCGAAUCGAAUGAAGGCUUUUGCCCAGUUCAUCCACCAGGAGCUGAAACUGUCUGGAAACCCAGACGAGAUCAGAGAUAUCUGUGAGGGAACCGAUCGCUACUGCAUGUAUAAAGUGGGACCAGUGCUCUCUAUAAGUCAUGGCAUGGGCGUCCCUUCCAUCUCCAUCAUGCUUCAUGAGCUCAUCAAAUUACUGCACCAUGCUCAGUGCCGUGAUGUGGUCCUGUUUCGCCUUGGUACAUCUGGUGGAGUCGGUCUGGCUCCAGGGACAGUGGUGGUCACAGAUAAAGCAGUGGACUACUCCUUCCGUCCCCAAUUUGAGCAGGUUGUUUUGGGUAAAGUCAUCACCAGGAGCACUGAGCUGGAUGAAGGAGUGGCCAGUGAGCUUCUGCAGUGCUCCUCCGAGCUUCAGAACUUUCCCACAGUUAUCGGAAACACCAUGUGCACCCAUGACUUCUAUGAAGGUCAAGGCCGACUUGACGGAGCUCUCUGCUCCUUCUCUCAUGAAGAAAAACUGGAGUAUCUGAGGAAAGCUUACGAGGCCGGAGUGAGGAAUAUUGAAAUGGAGUCCACCGUAUUUGCUGCUAUGUGCCGCGUCUGUGGCCUCAAAGCGGCUGUUAUCUGUGUUGCACUGUUGAACCGCUUUGAGGGAGACCAGAUCACCUCCCCUCAUGAUGUUCUGCUGGAGUACCAGCAGAGACCUCAGGUCCUGGUGUCCCACUUCAUCAAGAAACGCCUGGGACAAAUUGUCUAAGACACUUGCAUCUCCCACCCCUAAUCCAGCUUCCAGUGUGUAUAGCUUUGACUGAUAUGUGUAUGUGAUAUAUGUAUUCUGUAUAUACUGUACUGUAACAUGUUAAUAUGUGCAUUAGACACUUAUUUAAAAGUAAGGCUAGGUUAGUUGGGUUAAUAUUUCUUUGACAAUGCUAAAAUAUGUACGUUGCAUAUAUAUGUAAAGUAUAUUUUGUAGAUUUUAAUAUUUGAUACUUUGUCUUUGAGUGUUGAUUUUAAUGUUGAAUUUACACUUAAACUCUCAACAUCUGGUAGUUUGUCUGGCUGUCUGGAAGAAAUCUAAAAAAAAUGUUCAGAUUGACCUUUGAAAAAUAAUUUUAUAAAUAAUAUUUGAUUAUAUUUUGGUGGUGAUCCAAGUUUGCAACUUUAAGAUAAUCAUCCUUUUAGCUGUAACAACAAAUCUAACAGAUUAAGUGCAUGAAAUUCUGAUGGAAUGAUCAAGAAACCCACUUCACAUUUAAACGAGUGAAACAAAAAGUUUUACACCACAUAAUAUUGUAACAAACCCAGAAAUUAUUCUCAGUAAUUUGCAAUCUGUUAGUAGAGGAUGAAGUGAACCUUCCUACAAUGUAUUUCAUCAAUGAACGUGUUGUUAAAUGAUUGGAGACAUUAUUGCAUUUAGCAGCCUCUGCCAUUCAAGUUUAUGCAAAUGAAAACUUUCUGAGAGUGAUAUAAAUAUCGAUAAAUGUGGAGAUGCAUGUUUAUCAUCAUUCAUGUAUGAUACUGUUUUUCUCAUAAGGUGCUUUAGCGUAUAAGACCUAUAAUAUAAUAAAAGUCAGUAACAGCAA